UGCUACUCUCUAAAAAUGAAUGUACCAAAGAGGAAAUAACUUCCUUGGCAGGCUUACAGCUAUAUAACACAUCUGUUACAUUGCCUUCAAGUCCAGUGCUGCAGGCGCAGUAAGUCAACGUGAGGAGGAUUACAGCAGUGAGCAGAUAUACAGAGCAGACAGGAUGACAUGCUUAGAGAGAAACAAGCAAUAAGAGGGGGAACUUGCCUUCAAACAUGACUCUGCCACUACAGCAAAAAGAAAAAAAAAAAGAGAAACUAGUAAAAGCUUUUUCUCUACAGCCUCUGGUUCCAUGCACUGAACCUUCCAAAAUCGGAGCCUCUGCAGGAUCCCGACCCUUGGACAUGACAGAGGCAUGUGCACUCUCAUUUCUGAGAACUUGAAUUUUUUUUAAAGGAAGGAGUCCUUUGGCUUUGAGGAUUUGGCAAGGGUACAAUGCCUUAAAAAAGCCUAUGACCAGCAUAGCUACUGACCAUGCUGACCACUGUACAGAAUUGGAUCAAAUCACAGAAAAACAGCAUACGGCUUUCUCUUACAGAAUGUCUGAACAAAGAACAAUUCCUGAGCAUAUUUUGCAGAGCCCAUUUGAUCAUUUAUUUUCUUCUAACUGGUCGGGAUUACAGACAGACUCGAUACCGGAGGAAAUGAAGCAGAUUGGUGAGGAACAGGGAAUUAAACCACGCUGGGCAGCUCUCCUGAUACUCAUGGUGAUAAUACCCACAAUUGGUGGAAACAUCCUUGUUAUUCUGGCUGUUUCGCUGGAGAAAAAGCUGCAGUAUGCUACCAAUUAUUUCCUAAUGUCACUGGCAGUAGCUGAUUUGCUGGUUGGAUUGUUUGUGAUGCCAAUUGCCCUUCUGACAAUAAUGUUUGAAGCGAUGUGGCCCCUCCCACUUGUUGUAUGCCCUGCCUGGUUAUUUCUUGAUGUUCUUUUUUCUACUGCUUCCAUCAUGCAUCUCUGUGCCAUUUCCGUGGAUCGUUACAUAGCCAUCAAAAAACCAAUCCAGGCCAAUCAGUGUAACUCACGAGCUACAGCAUUCAUCAAGAUUACUGUGGUGUGGUUAAUUUCAAUAGGCAUUGCCAUUCCAGUCCCUAUUAGAGGGAUAGAAACUGCCGCGGGUAAUGCAAACAAUAUCACUUGUGCGAUGACAAAGGAUCGUUUUAGCAAUUUUAAGCUCUUUGGCUCACUGGCUUCCUUUUUUAUACCUCUGGCAAUCAUGAUUAUCACCUACUUUCUCACUAUCCAUGCUUUACAGAAGAAAGCUUACUUGGUCAAAAACAAGCCACCUCAACGUCUAACAUGGCUGAAUGUGUCUACAGUUUUCCAAAGGGAUGAGACAUACUGCUCAUCACCUGAAAAGGUGGCAAUGCUAGAUGGUUCUUGCAAGGACAAAAACAUGCCCACCUCAGGUGAUGACCUUCUUAUACGAAGAAUGUCCACAGCUGGAAAAAAGUCACUACAGACCAUUUCCAAUGAACAGAGAGCCUCAAAGGUUCUAGGGAUUGUGUUUUUCCUCUUCUUGCUUAUGUGGUGUCCCUUUUUUAUUACAAAUAUAACUUCAGUUUUAUGUGAUUCCUGCAACCAGACUACUCUUGAAAUGCUCCUGGAGGUAUUUGUGUGGAUAGGCUAUGUUUCCUCAGGGGUGAAUCCACUGGUCUAUACCCUCUUCAAUAAAACAUUUCGUGAUGCAUUUGGCCGAUACAUCACCUGCAAUUACCGGGCCACAAAAUCAGCAAAAUCUCUUAGAAAUCGCUCCAGUAAUAUCUACUUCCGGAAUCCAAUGACAGAGAACUCUAAGUUUUUCAUGAAACAUGGAAUGAGAAAUGGGAUUAAUCCUGCCAUGUAUCAGAGCCCAAUAAGGAUCCGAAGUGCAACCAUGCAGUCUUCAUCGAUUAUUCUACUAGAUACACUUCUCCUAACUGAAAACGAAGGUGACAAAAUUGAAGAGCAAGUCAGUUAUGUAUAGCAAAAAUGGCAGCGUUUUCAUCUAAUUAAUAUGAUGAGUAAGAUGAUGAAGCAGAUAUAAAUAUAACAAUUAUAAAAAGAACCUUAUGUUAUGUAUCAAGCAAUUUCUUUAAAGAGUUAUGUAUUAAGACUAUCCAAUUUUCCUUAUAUGAACAAAGUUACUUCAUGAAAAAAUCAUUCUGUGGAGCUACAAAUUAAAACAAUCCAGCACUCUGGUUAAAUAUUAAGGGAUUCAAAUGAGAUAAAAUUCAUCAAUAAAUUUCAGGCAUUAAAAAGAAGUGCUCAAAUUUAUUUAGUUCCUAAUUGUAUACAAAGCUGUGCUAAGAAUGCAAUAAAACAAAACAAAACAAGCAUUUACUUUGUCUUUACGGUCUCAAAGGCAUAAGGCAUAUAUGCUUUAUACCUUAGAAUGGUGUUCACACAGAACAACAGUGAGGGAAAAAGAAGACUAAAGAUAAGUGCCUAAAAUAAUCCCAUCUGCAGGUAAGCUAAUAAGAUUGUCAUUGACAGUAUGGCUUAGUUAAAUGUAGUCAUUUUACUUUUGAUCAAAAAACUGUCUUGGUGGAAGAGAUAGGUAAAAGAGUAGUUGGUUAUCACAUAAAACAAUCAGACCUAAGUAGGUCUGAUUGCUAGAUGGCUGACACCAGGCAUCUACUCACAGAAGUGGGUAUACUAGAGAAGGAGGAGAAAGCAAAUGAAAUCACUCCUGGUACCAGAACCUCAUUAUGCUGAUUAAAGACAAGUGUAAGCUACAGCCCUGGGAACUCAACCUGGAACAUAAACUUCAGUGAACUCACAAACAUUGCCCCAAAACUUGGUUGAAUUUCUGGCAUAAAUCUUUUAUUCACCCUUUCAUUAUGACAUUUUGCAUUGCCUCAUCUGGGAAUAAAUUUAACCUCUGUCACUUACUGGCUAACUGAGUGAACUUAUGAAAGAUAGCUCAUUUCUCUUAGGUUUAGUUUCCUUAUCUUCAUUUCAUAGGGUUUUUAAGAGGAUGAGUGAGCAGAGUGAGCACUCUGUAGGUGGAAACCAAUUCUAUCUACCUUUGCUAUUUUAUUUUUAUGCUAUUGUAUAAAAGGUGAACAGGGCCUCCCCUGGUGGCGCAGCGGU